AUGAGUUCGAGAAGCAAAAUUGAGAAGUGGUUAUUAGCUGACUGGAGUACCGGUAAUAGCAAUAUUCCUUUGUUGGCUGGAGAUGUGAAAGUCAUGUCAUUGCAGCCGAACGACGGAGUCGAAGAAGAAAUAGUCUAUGAACGACCUCUUCUGGAGCAACGAUUGCGCCUCACAAGAGCCAAUGAAAGUAUAUCGAAGGAAGAAAAUGUUCCUCGUGAAGGAAGAGACUAUUCUCCGAGCUGUUCAUCUUGGGCACCGAGUGACGGGGGAUCUUCUUCUGAUGAAUCCGACCAGGGACGAGGAACAAAAACAGCCAAAAUGGAACAAUACAUGCGCCAUUGCGUUAAGAGACGUAACGGUAAAGACCCGGUUCCUGUACACAGACCCAACGCGGUCGUAAACGUUUUAAAAGAACGCCAAAACAACCUAAACAAUAGAUCGAAUGGCCGAAGCCGAAAGAGGAAGUACAAAGAAACUAAAAGUGGCAAUAAGUCUUUACCUGAUUCGACAAAAAAACACUUGCCAGCACCUAAAAGUUCUGUUGAUACAACAAGUAUACACAAAAAGAAAAUUAUGGAUAUGAAAGCCAGCUUCGAAGAACUAUUCAAAAUCAUAGAUUAUAUGAAACCCGAUACGCAAAGACGCACGACUAAAUACUUCGAUAAUACAACAGUUGUUCAAGCAGGGCCGUUAAACGAAGUUAGUAAUAUAAUAAUAGAGAAUCCUGUGUACAACAAUACAGAAGCAUAUGAAGAAAGUGUGAAAAGUCACAGUGAAGAAUCUAAUCGUUCUGACGACAAUGUUCUUAUCAGCAAUAAAUAUAGCAAAGUGCGCGAACUUACAGAAGACCAAACGAUACCAAAUAAGCAAGAAAAUCUGUCACAAAACGAAGUAGAAGAAUGGGUGCCAAUUGGAAGUGGAAAGACUUUGAUACAUAAGGAUAAAUUCAGGAAAGUGAAUUGGAGAUCUUACACGAUCGCAACUAGAGCGUUAUUAUUGGCAACAUUUCCUAGAAGGAUAUUAGCUACGCACUCCUUGACAGGAAAACGAUCACCUGCCUUUCAAGAUAAACCUGCGAAAAUGUGCCUGGAUCCGAAAAUUGUUUCAGAUAUUAUCAUUGAAAUUACCUCAAAGUUCAACGUUAAAGAAAAUCUAGUCAGGAGUGCGAUCACGACUAAAUGCGCUGACGAAUGCAAAAUGCUAAAAACCAGAAUGCUUAAUAAAAGCAAAUUAAUAGAAAGCCAGAAUGAUGCACCCCCGCCAAGGAAAGCCAAACAAGAACCUAGACAGGUGAAGACAGAGAAAGCUUUUGUUUCGCAAGUUUAAUAAAAUCUUUUCUUUAAUAUAGUUAACGGGCACAUACCACGAUAAUAUUUUUGAAAUGAAUAUGCUCUCUACUAGGGGUCACCCAGCACUGGAUAGAGCUACAUGACCCUAAAGUUCUCUCCACCGACCGUCAUUAUAUUCCAAGACUAUUUCGUGAGCACAAAAACUUAAAUCGUGAGGACGGUUUUACAUUAGCAAGGGUUUGG